AUGAACAUAAUCACAAACUACACUCUGCUGGACACAGACAGAACUACACUCUGCUGGACACAGACAGAACUACACUCUGCUGGACACAGACAGAACUACACUCUGCUGGACACAGACAGAACUACACUCUGCUGGACACAGACAGAACUACACUCUGCUGGACACAGACAGAACUACACUCUGCUGGACACAGACAGAACUACACUCUGCUGGACACAGACAGAACUACACUCUGCUGGACACAGACAGAACUACACUCUGCUGGACACAGACAGAACUACACUCUGCUGGACACAGACAGAACUACACUCUGCUGGACACAGACAGAACUACACUCUGCUGGACACAGACAGAACUACACUCUGCUGGACACAGACAGAACUACACUCUGCUGGACACAGACAGAACUACACUCUGCUGGACACAGACAGAACUACACUCUGCUGGACACAGACAGAACUACACUCUGCUGGACACAGACAGAACUACACUCUGCUGGACACAGACAGAACUACACUCUGCUGGACACAGACAGAACUACACUCUGCUGGACACAGACAGAACUACACUCUGCUGGACACAGACAGAACUACACUCUGCUGGACACAGACAGAACUACACUCUGCUGGACACAGACAGAACUACACUCUGCUGGACACAGACAGAACUACACUCUGCUGGACACAGACAGAACUACACUCUGCUGGACACAGACAGAACUACACUCUGCUGGACACAGACAGAACUACACUCUGCUGGACACAGACAGAACUACACUCUGCUGGACACAGACAGAACUACACUCUGCUGGACACAGACAGAACUACACUCUGCUGGACACAGACAGAACUACACUCUGCUGGACACAGACAGAACUACACUCUGCUGGACACAGACAGAACUACACUCUGCUGGACACAGACAGAACUACACUCUGCUGGACACAGACAGAACUACACUCUGCUGGACACAGACAGAACUACACUCUGCUGGACACAGACAGAACUACACUCUGCUGGACACAGACAGAACUACACUCUGCUGGACACAGACAGAACUACACUCUGCUGGACACAGACAGAACUACACUCUGCUGGACACAGACAGAACUACACUCUGCUGGACACAGACAGAACUACACUCUGCUGGACACAGACAGAACUACACUCUGCUGGACACAGACAGAACUACACUCUGCUGGACACAGACAGAACUACACUCUGCUGGACACAGACAGAACUACACUCUGCUGGACACAGACAGAACUACACUCUGCUGGACACAGACAGAACUACACUCUGCUGGACACAGACAGAACUACACUCUGCUGGACACAGACAGAACUACACUCUGCUGGACACAGACAGAACUACACUCUGCUGGACACAGACAGAACUACACUCUGCUGGACACAGACAGAACUACACUCUGCUGGACACAGACAGAACUACUCUGCUGGACACAGACAGAACUACUCUGCUGGACACAGACAGAACUACUCUGCUGGACACAGACAGAACUACUCUGCUGGACACAGACAGAACUACACUCUGCUGGACACAGACAGAACUACACUCUGCUGGACACAGACAGAACUACACUCUGGCCCCUCUGCUGGACACAGACAGAACUACACUCUGGCCCCUCUGCUGGACACAGACAGAACUACACUCUGGCCCCUCUGCUGGACACAGACAGAACUACACUCUGGCCCCUCUGCUGGACACAGACAGAACUACACUCUGGCCCCUCUGCUGGACACAGACAGAACUACACUCUGGCCCCUCUGCUGGACACAGACAGAACUACACUCUGGCCCCUCUGCUGGACACAGACAGAACUACACUCUGGCCCCUCUGCUGGACACAGACAGAACUACACUCUGGCCCCUCUGCUGGACACAGACAGAACUACACUCUGGCCCCUCACCUCGAGUCCAGGUCUUCCGUCCCCACGCCCACACUGCUCGUGGACACUUUCAGGAUGCAGCGCUCCAGGAUCGAAGGCCUGUAG